AUGCGAGUAUUGCAAGGUUGGUUGCACUUCGUCGCUCUGUACAACUCUGUAGGCGGCCUUGCGGGCUUGCUCUACCCGCAAGCGCUCGAGCACGUCUUUCCCCAGGCUCUGGAGCUUGGUUCCCCGCUGUUCUUCCGCUGCAUGGGCUGGUGGGCUAUCACCAUUGCUGUGCUCAGGGUGCUGACCGCGAACAACCUGGACAACAAGGGCUUGAACCACGCCGCUGUGGCUUCGUUUGUCUUCUUCGAUUUGUUCUCUGUUGCAGAGGACGAGGAGACCAGCACUGGCAAGAAGCAGCCAAUCCUCCGCAAGAACCUCAGACAGCGAGCGUCCGAGAUCGGCGAGGGCAAGAAGCACGCGCUUGGGCUGUGGCUGUGUGGCGCAGCGGUCGUGGCUGUCAUUGUGGGCGUGGCGCUGUGGAUUCCCAAGCUCGGGGGGGCCACCGAGCCGACAUGGGAGGUCACCGAGCUGGUUAUGGAGCACAUCGACAUCCCCACUCUGGGCCUCAAGGGGAUGGCCCCGGCCGACACCAGCGGAUGCCCCACCGCGGACCUCUGCGGCGUCGGCUUGGCCAGGGGCUGCAGCAAGUGCCCCGUCGCCUCCAUGUGGAACAACGGCUGCCUCUGCCAGGAGAGAGACCCCGGCAGCAACGCCACCGCCCAGCCGGGUUCUGUGAUCCAGGCCGACACGUCGGCCUGCCCAGACUACGACAGGUGCGGCGUCCUGGCGGCGCGGGGCUGCUCCGCGUGCCCCGACGACACCUGGACCAAUGACGGGUGCACCUGCCGCCAAGCGAUAUCCCCUUCGCAGUUCUUCAACAGCUCGGGGGGCACCGUCGCCCGCAGUGUUGGGGGCGGCAUGGCGUCGAUGCUGGGCAUAGGCCAGAAGCAGCCGACCACCGUGAAGAUGGCGCUGCGGGCGGCGGUGGAGGUGUUCAACCCGAACCCCAUCGGCGCCCAGGUGGACCCAGGCGUCUUCAAGAUACGGUACAGAGGCGAGGAGAUCGGUGCUGCCGAUACUCUGCCUACUACGGUGCCAGCAAGAGGGUCAACGCAGUUCAGUGUCCAGGUGGAUGUGGACAAUGUCCCCCCGAACGUGGGCAUGAUGAUGCUGCAGGAGAUGCUGCAGUCAGGGAGCCAGCUCCGCCUGGUGGUCGACGGGCGCACCACCGCCAGCGUAAACGUGCUGAAGGUCAAGUGCUCAGCAGAGUGUCAUCUUCGCACAGACCUCUCACAGUUGCCGAAGGUUCGCUUCACUGAGAACAAGUGCUCGUACGGAUACUCCGUGUGA